CGGACCUCGCUCGGUACCUGCCCCUGCUGCCUGACUUCACCUCAAAGCUGAAACGACGCUUCGCAUUUUACCAACGAAUAAUAAAGAAACAAACUACAACUCUCUGUCCUUCAUAAAUUUACCGAGAGAAAAACCAUUUGCAACCAAAAACCGAAAUAAAUCCUCCUGCGUCACAAACCAGAGGAUACACAUCCGCUCAGAGGGCCGUUGAGCACAGAAUAUUUAGGUUUCAUUUCUUUCUUUCUUUAAAAAACCCAAAAUGAAGACCAAAUUUAUCAACGGGGUUUCUUCUUCCCCCUCCAUGUCGCUGGGUCUGCUGGUGACCGAGAACGCCCUGCAGGUCCAGCCCAACACCGAGGAGGACUUUAAGGAGCUGGUCCGCCCCGACCAGCCCGACCUCGAUACCCGGCGCAAAGCUUAUCUGUGGUGCCGAGAGUUCCUCCAUGGAGCCUGGAAAAGCCUGUCUGAGGAGGAUUUCCACAUCACCAUCAUAAGGGGUGGUCUGAGCAACAAGCUCUUCCUGUGCAACCUCCCUGACAGCCUGGACACUGUUGGGGACGAGCCGAGGAGCAUCCUGCUGCGUCUGUACGGGGCCAUCCUGCAGAUGUCCUGUAAUAAAGGGGAUUCCCGACAGUCAAACAAAGAAAAUCACUUCCAAGGGGCCGAGGCCAUGGUGUUGGAGAGUGUGAUGUUUGCCAUCCUGGCGGAGAGGGAGUUGGGACCUAAACUCUACGGUAUUUUCCCUCAGGGCCGACUGGAGCAGUACGUCCCUAGCCGUAAACUGGACACCUGUGAGUUGAGCGACCCAAGCAUCUCAGCGGAGGUGGCAGAGAAGAUGGCCAGGUUUCAUGGAAUGAGGAUGCCCUUUAACAAGGAACCCAAGUGGCUGUUUGGAACCAUGGACAAGUACUUGAACCAAGUCCUGAGGCUGAACUUCACACGGGAGUCCCACCUGCGCCGCUUCAACCGCCUGCUCAGCUACAACCUCCCGCAGGAGAUGGAUAUGCUCAAGUCUCUGCUGGAAUCCACCCACUCUCCUGUAGUGUUCUGCCACAACGACUGUCAAGAAGGGAACGUCCUGCUGCUGAAGGGUCGCCAGAGCUCAGACAAACAGAAGUUGAUGCUCAUUGACUUUGAGUACAGCAGCUACAAUUACAGGUAA